ACCAUUCCACCAUAACGAAGAUAAUUUAAUUUUUCCAGUUUUCCUCCUCGUGAUUUUACGAAUUUCCAGGAGAAUGGAUAUUUGGUCCAUUGGUUUAAGUGAGGUGAAGAAAACGCUCGAAGAAAAAGUAGACAAAUUAAUUAAUGCCACGCAAUAUGGUGAAUUUGCUGAGAUCCUGAAAAACUCAACCGGGGUAUUAGUUGCUGUAGCAAAUAUUUCUCACACAAUCUCGUCUUCUGGCUCGCACAGCAAUUAUGUGCUACAAUGUGUCCCCCAAGUUUUCGAACAAGGAAUCGUAAUUUUGGACCAUGUUUCUCACUUGCAGGUCGAUUGUGUGCCAGGAAAAGUUUCAGAAGAUGCACUUGCCCAAUUGCGUCAGAUUCUCACUGAUAUUGCCCCAUCACUGGUGCCCUCUGCUCUUACUAUACAAAGUAUGAACCUUGCUCUUCUGCCCAGUUGCCGUCAGAAACUUCUCUCUCAUGUAAGUGAUAUUGAAGGAAUCUUCAAGUACAUCCCGCCGCUUCUUGAAAAUUUCCACAAUGCAUUUAUAGUCUGCCAGGGGCAAAGUAAAUUUAUUGCCUCAGAAUUCACCCGAGUUUCAGCCCUACUUUUUGAUGUGCUAGGGCAACUCCAAUCGAAAGCUCCUUUGUUUUCUACCACUGAUUUACACCUUAAAACAUUGUUUUCAGUUCUGCAUGUCCCAUUUCAAACAUGUUUAAUCUCUCUUCGUCUUCUCUUCUCACUUCCGUUGCUUGAAACAAAAUUUGAAACAGUCUUCAAAGCAUGUGCUCAUGCAAAAGAAAUUUACAUUCUUGCAACAAACAUCUUGAAGACAUUAUAUUUGCUUUUUCUCAGAAAUAUCCAUGAGCCAGUCAAAGAUGAUCUCAUCAAAAGUAUUCAGAAUGCUCAAGAUGUUUGUAAAGGUUCCCCUUUCAAGAGUUGUUUGACAUUUAACUUAAACGACAAACCAACCAUUUACCCCAAAAGCACUGCUGAUGCUCCCAAUAUGCAGUGUGCUUCUAAUAAACUAGCAGUAAAGAAAACUAAAAAGAAAACCACUGCUUUAGAGCAUAGUUAUGCAAAAGCUGAUGCUCCCAAUAUGCAGUGUGUUUCUAAUAAACCAGCAGUAAAGAAAACUAAAAAGAAAACUGAAAAAAGAAUUGUAUCAUCGCCAAUGAAAAAGAAAAGAGAUCCUGUAAAACAAAUCUCUUUAACAGAGCUGAAAAAGUAUCAAGCAGGGGGCAUGAGCAUGUCUUUAAGGAAUGAUGUCAAGAUUAAUGAAAAUGAUAGUGUAGGAAACAUGAAAGAUCAUGGACCAGGAUUUGAAAGCAACACGAUUUCAAACCGCUUUGAAAGUUCGACCAUCCAGACUGAAAUUUCUGAUGUGAAGAUCAUUGGACCAGUUUGUAACCCUGAAGUACUGUCCAGUGCAGAUCCUGAUGAUCUCAUCAAAAGUAUUCAGAAUGCUCAAGAUGUUUGUAAAGGUUCCCCUUUCAAGAGUUGUUUGACAUUUAACUUAAACGACAAACCAACCAUUUACCCCAAAAGCACUGCUGAUGCUCCCAAUAUGCAGUGUGCUUCUAAUAAACUAGCAGCAAAGAAAACUAAAAAUAAAACCACUGCUUUAGAGCAUAGUUAUGCAAAAGCUGAUACUCCCAAUAUGCAGUGUGUUUCUAAUAAACCAGCAGUAAAGAAAACUAAAAAGAAAACUGAAAAAAGAAUUGUAUCAUCGCCAAUGAAAAAGAAAAGAGAUCUUGUAAAACAAAUCUCUUUAACAGAGCUGAAAAAGUAUCAAGCAGGGGGCAUGAGCAUGUCUUUAAGGAAUGAUGUCAAGAUUAAUGAAAAUGGUAGUGUAGGAAACAUGAAAGAUCAUGGACCAGGAUUUGAAAGCAACACGAUUUCAAACCGCUUUGAAAGUUCGACCAUCCAGACUGAAAUUUCUGAUGUGAAGAUCAUUGGACCAGUUUGUAACCCUGAAGUACUGUCCAGUGCAGAUCCUGAUUCUGGUACCAAUAAUCCUUUGCCAUUGAGUGAGAGCAAAGAUAGAACAGACUGUAUCAAAUCAGGAAAUAUGGAAAGUGAGAGCCAUUUAAAGACAAAGGAUCAAGUGAUGGAAGACUGUAUCAAAUCAGAAAAUAUGGAAAGUGAGAGCCAUUUAAAGACAAAGGAUCAAGUGGUGGAUAUCAGCAUGCGCAAUAAUGCAAGAAACAAUGAUGACAACUUAAAGACGGACGGAAACGUUAGUGUAUCAAAUGAGGAAGAUGGGACACCAGAAACAGAACACUCAAAACUAGGGAACAAGGAAGAGGAGAAAAAAAAGAAAACCAGUCAAGUGGUGAAUAUUACAAUCAACUUGACUUCCAAUGCUGACUCGAAGAACAGCGAUGGUACAACGAACAGCACCAAGGUUCCAACAAUCUCGAUCGAAAGCUGUAAAACAGUGCCCAACGACUGUACCUCAGAAAUUCAGCAUGUGUCUAGUUCUGAAGAAGAUGAAACCAAGCAACCUUGCGAAAUCGUGGCGAUAAAGUGUUCGGAAGAAGGAUCCCAAUGUGAGCCGAAGGCUAACUUCAUCAAAAGGUCAGUUAUCCAUACUGAGAGUCUUGAUAUAGAGGUCAAUGUACAAGUCAUCGGUGCAGAACUGUUGUGUGACGGCAAGUCUCUUAGGGAUGAACCCAUGUCAUCAAUCGACAGUGCUAAAUCAAGCAUGAAAAAUACUUCAGUCGACCCGGAAAUACCGUCUUCUAAUGAAGUGAAUUGUAACACAGCUACUUUUCCUUCAAGUAAUUCCUCCACAAAUAAUCUCUCUGUGGAUUCUGAUGUGUGGAGCAUCCUGCUGAGGCAUGUAUCUGAGGUAGAGCUUACCUCACUGAAUGGAGAUCGACAACAACUUCUUUCUUCUUUAAUAACUCAAAUGAAGCCUAUACUUAAAGGAUUUUCUUUCAUCGUUUGUGAGUCACAGUUGUCAGUAUUGUGCAAAAUUUGCGGCUUGUCAGUGAACGCAGAGGAUAUCAAUCAAAACAUUAACUUGAUAUUUUUCCAUCACAAGUACCAUAAAACUAGACGUAAUCUAAUGACUCAGUACAAUCCUUCUCAUCCUUUAUAUAAAUAUACAAAAAGUUACAAUAGAGUUUGGAUAAGAAAAACGCAGCAAUGAAUUCACUGAGGCAUUUAAUGAAAGUUAACAUCUCAAAAUUUCCAUAUUUCGUCCGUUUUCAUGUGUAAAUAAUAUUUUUGAAAGUCAACUGUUUCAUGUUGUCUUUGAACUAAUACAGGCAUGGUUCCAUAUUUUUGAGAACAUGAAUAGAGAAAAACAAAUUUAUUAAAUUUACUGCUUUAUUUUUUCUCAAGCUAAUUUUCGAGAAAAAAUCCUACCCGUUUGUACACCUGUCUCAAUAUUUAACUUUCUGAUUGAGCUGGAACUUUAGGUAUCCCCUUGUUUUGGAGUGAAAUUAUUGAAAUCCAGCCAAACUAAAAAUCUUGAGAUUAAAUCGUACUUCAGUAAUUAAAUUAAAACUUUAAUGUUUGACAAGCUCAUGUAAUCAUUGUGAUGUUCUUCAAAUCUUUAUUGCUUUGUUUAAGUUUUCAUUUGUAAGACUGAUAUAAACUUCUAGAAGAUCAGAGGCUGUUUUUUCUAAACUUCAAUCUUAUUCAUAAUAUUUGCGGUAAUGUUAGCAAGAAAUCUUGUGUUUAUGCAGCUACUUUAGUUAUCAUUUCAAUUGAGUUUUAGUUUUUCUUUGUUUUCUAGUAAGUAAGGAAAUAUUUUUUCACAUGUUUCCGUUAUCUUUAGAAUUAUGUUUGUAGGAGUUGAUAAUUUUCUGAAUCAAAAUGUCUUUGCUAUCUAUCCUAAAUAUUUUUGCUCACUUUAAAGUAUGCUUGCUGUUUCAGUAGAAACCAUUUCAGCUAGCAGGUUUUUAAAGACAUUUUUGUCAAAUAAAUGUUUAAGGAAAUAAUAAAGUAUUUUAUGUACUCCUGCUUUCCAUUGGUCUCUAUGCAUGUUUUUUUCUUUUCUUUUUUUUCUCUUCAAUUCAUGAGAAAACCUCAGGAGUAUAUUUUAAUUGAGAAUGUUCAUAUAUUAUGCUAUGAAAUUCAAUAUUUAUAGUACUUACCUUUAUGAGUACUUACUAUUGAUGCUUAUUUUGUUUCUCAUGGAUGACAUGACACUUCAUCAAAUUGUAUUUUUACCUAUGCCAUUCAGGCUAUGAUGUGCAAAUCUUGUCUUGGAAGUUCAAAGUAGUCAAAAAGCAUUACAUGUUAUAGUCUUUUGACUUUCCUAUUAGCCUUUAUUUACCAUUAUAUACCAUUUUACUGCCAUGCCAGGGAAAAAUGUUGUAUGAGCACUUGGUGGUUACAAAAUUUCAUCUGAUGAAAGAUUAAUAUUUUUGCUUAAUUAUUCUGAGGAGUUCAUUCAAAAUCUAAUCCAGCAUAUCUGAAAAUUUUAAGGAAAAAUAUCCAAAACAGUUCUGUAAAAUUGUCAUAUUAUCAGACGAAAUUUGGCAACAUUUAAGUGUUUAUACAGCGUUUUUCCUUAAGACGGCAGUGCAACUCACCAUUAGUUUAUAAGUUUUUCUUUUGUGAUAAUGUAUAUAACAAUUUGUUUCAAUCUGGAAAAUUAUUUUUAUUCUUCCAAUGUUUAGAAAUAUUUUUAGUUAAGGAUAAUUUUCAUCGUUCUUAAAAACCUUUGGUGCUGCCUUUAUUGUUGCCUUUUAAAAUUAUGUAUAUGAACCUCAACAGUUCAAAGGUUAUGUCUCAACUUGAAAUAUUACAUGUAUUUUCCCUCACUAUUUAUGUUUAAACUCUUAGCAUUGAACAAAGAAGUGAUCGUGCAAAUUGAUCUCCUCCACUUUUUUAAUAGUAUGAUCAUCGGUGAACUUAUUAUCUUUAGCUAAACGCAGGUACUAUCCCAUUUUAUCAUAUUUGUGCUUUCUAGCUUUCCUCUAUCCUCUUGUGUUUUCCAAAUGUCAAAUCAUUUCUGAAUUUUCAUCUGGGACCAAUCACAUUGUGCUAUUGUACUGUUGUGUUUAAGCUGAAUGCAACCUCAUUUUAUACAUUUACAACAGCUCAUUUCAUGUUCUUUUUUUAAUAUUCAUCAAAUUAGUAAGUUUGACUGAUUUAUCUAAGAGAAUUUAAUAUUUUCUGUUUCCUUUUUUUUCUUAUUUGUAUUGUAAAUCGUACGAUUGCCUCUCCAAAAUUGUUCAAUAUAUUCCUUCAUUUCCUUAAAUUUAA